CACAUACAAGGAAGGAGGAAGACCCAUUCAGAGGAAUCACGAUAAGCAGACACAGACAUGCCUGAGCCCAAGAAGCCAGCAGCCAAGGGCGAUAAGGCUCCAGCAGCCCCUGCUGUCACGAAGGAGGAGCCAGCAGAGGAGGGGGAGUUGCCUCCUGAUGAGCUUGUACCGGGGGAGGAUCCUCAGAUGGCCGAGCUGACUGGCCUGUUUGUGUUGAAGCCGGAGAGCGUCACGGUAACAAAAGGCAAGGACAUCACGUUUGUGGCAAAAGUGGACUCCACAAACUUAAUAAGGAAGCCGAACAUGAAAUGGCUGAAGGGGAAGUGGCUCGACCUUGGUAGCAAAGCUGGAAAGCACCUGCAGUUUAAAGAGACCUAUGACAGGAACACCAAGAUCUACACUUAUGAGAUGAGCAUAAUCAAAACCAAGGAUGCAGACGCAGGUGGCUACCGCUGCGAGGUCACUGCCAAAGACAAGUGCGACAGCUGCACAUUCGACAUCUCCGUGCAGGCUGUACAAGAGGAGCAGCAGGACAACAUCUUGGAGGCGUUUAAGCGAUCUGGAGAUGCAGAUGAGGAUGCUGGUGAUCUUGACUUCAGUGCACUGCUCAAGAAAAGGGAGAAGAAACAACAGGGGCCCAAAGAGGAAGUGGAUGUUUGGGAAAUCCUAAAGGCCGCCAAGCCCUGUGACUACGAGAAGAUUGCCUUUCAGUAUGGCAUCACAGACCUGAGGGGCAUGCUGACAAGGCUGAAGAAAAUGAAGAAGGUGGAGCCCAAGAAGAGUGACGCUUUCCUCAGGAAGCUGGAUUCAGCCUACUCAGUGGACAAGGGCAAGAGGAUCCAGCUCUCUGUGGAGGUGGCUGACCCCAACGCUUCAGUCAAGUGGCUGAAAAAUGGACAGGAAAUCAAGCCAUCAGCCAAGUAUGUGUUUGAGAGCGUGGGCAACAAGCGGACACUCACUAUCAACAAGUGCAACCUUUCGGAUGACGCGAUGUAUGAGUGCGUGGUUGGAGAGGAGAAGUGCUUCACGGAGGUUUUUGUCAAAGAACCUCCAAUUACCAUCACAAAGCCUCUGGAUGAUGUCCUUACUGUGGUGGGUGAGAAAGUGGAGUUUGAGGUGGAAGUGUCCGAGGAAGGAGCCAACGUCAAAUGGUGA